AUGAACAACGGAAUGGAGUUCGGUGUCAUUGUUGUUCUCAUGAGUCAUUUGCAGUCUUUGAAUCAAUUGACUAUGUUAUUUGUGAGAAUAUGUGGUUUAUUAUUAGCCAACAUUGAAAAAAGGAAAGCUACAAGGAAGAGAGGGACGUGGGAUUUUUGCAGUAGGGCUUCGAUAAGGGAAGUUAAUCUGCAGAGAAUAGUGUAUAUCACUGAUACAGCUUGUAUUGAGAAUACAAGGAUGGAUCGGAGAAGUUUUCAUAAAUUGUGUGACUUACUUAAAACUGUUGGGAUGCUUGAACCGUCCAAGCAUAUGGGUGUGGAAGAGGUGGUUGCAAUCUUUCUUUACAUAUUGUCUCACGAUGUUGAAACUCGGAUAAUUGAAAGAAAGUUUAUGAGGUCUGAUGAAACUAUAAGCAGACAGUUCACGAAGGUGUUGCUGGCUGUGUUAAGAUGUCAUACUGUUCUACUCAAACGCCCUGAGCCCAUCCCCGAAAACUCAACCAAUGAUAAGUGGAAAUGGUUCAAGAAUUGCCUAGGAGCUCUAGAUGGGAUCCACAUCAAGGUAAAUCCCCUAGAAGCUGAUAAGCCUAGAUACCGGACUAGGAAGGGUGAGAUAGCAACAAACGUGUUGGGUGUUUGUUCACAAGAUGCCCAAUUUAUUUUUGUUUUCACUGGAUGGGAGGGAUCGGCUGCAGAUUCAAAGGUCCUCAGAGAUGCUAUAUCUCGUAAGAACGGAUUAAGGGUGCCAAAAGGUUACUAUUAUCUAUGCGAUGCUAGUUACAUGAAUGGGGAAGGAUUCCUUACACCUUAUAGGGGGAAAAGAUUUAGUGAGUGGAGACAUGGGGCACAGCCAACAACACCACAAGAAUUUUUUAACAUGAAACACUCAAGUGCUAGGAAUGUCAUUGAACGAUGUUUUGGAAUGUUGAAGGGUCGUUGGGCGAUUGUAAUGUCAAAGUCCUUGUAUCCAGUUAAAACGCAAUGCAGGAUAAUCACUGCAUGCUGCUUGCUCCAUAAUCAUAUUAGAAGAGAAAUGCCAGUUGACCCUUUAGAGGAUAAUACGGGGGACAUGGCAGUACCUGAAGAUAAUUUUCAAGGACAUGAAAUGAUAAGUCAUGUGGAGUCAUCUAAAGCCUGGACACAUUGGAGGGAUGAAAUGGCGCAGCAGAUGUAUGUUGAAAGUGCAGCUGAUAAAGUGAUUAUAAAACAUUUGCUGUCAAGGCCAAGUGAAGCUGUUUUGUGGUGA